AUGAAAAGUUCGACAAUUGGUGUAAUUAUUGAAUAUCAUUUAAAUGAAAUUGAAAUAAAUAUUAAAUGGUCUUCAACAAAAGAAUUUAAUAAAUGGAAAAUAUCUUAUGUUGAUAAUGAAUGUACAUUACCAUUAAAUUCACCAUUAUUUUAUCUUUGUUCAUCAUCAAAAAAUUCAUCAUUAUUAAAUUCAACAUUUUAUUCUUAUUGGUUUUUAUUAGAAAGUUCAUUUUAUCGACGUCUUUUUUCUCAUAUUACAAAUGAUGAAAAUCAUUUUAUUUUAUUAAUUUGUUUAUCUGAUGGUCGAAUUAUUGCUUUAUCAGAAUCAUCAAAUGAUUCGAAAGUAAUUAUUUGGUAUAAUUCUUCAAGUUCAAAUCCAAUAACAAUUAUUGGUCUUUAUUAUGAUUUAAAUAGAAAUUUACUUGAUGCUAUUUUAUCAUCAACAACAACAACAACAAUAGAUAAUAAAUUUCCAAAAUUAAUUUUAAAUCAUUUAAUUUUAUGUGAAUCUAUUGGAAGUAUAAUUCUAUUAAAUUCAACAAAUUUUCAUCGAAUACUUAUUGAUAAUCUAAUUAAAUGUCCAUGUAUUUAUUUAAAUAAUUUUAUAUAUAUAACAAAAAAUGAAAUUCGAUCAAUAUCAAUUUCAAAUUUAUUAAAACCAUCAAAUGAAGAUCUUAUUAAUCAAACGAAAAUUUUAAGAUUUGGACAUUUUCAAAAAUUAAUUGUCGAUGGACAAGAAAUAAUUAUUUAUUAUGAAAAUGGUCGAUUUGAACGAUUAAAUAAUCUUCUUUCAAAUUCAUUAAAUCUAUCACAUCAUAGAAAUUCUUUAUUAAAUCAAACAAAAAAACUUACAUGUUUAACAACAACUAUAACUAAUUUACAAUCAAAUAUUUAUUUAUUACAAAGAAUAUUAAAUAAAAUUGAAAUAUUUUAUCAAUUAAAUUUAAAUAAUUGUUUAAAAUUAAUUAAUAAUCAAUGGAAAUUAAUUUUAAAUGAACAACAAUUAAGAAUAUUUCAAUUAAAUGAUUUUAUAUUAAUAUUAAUAUGUCAUUUAUCAUCAAAUAAUCUUAAAAUUUAUCAAUUAAAUUCAAUAAAUGAUUGGAUAUUUAAAAUAAAUGAUAAAAUUUCAAUAACAUAUAUUUGUCAAUCAAUACUUAUUUUUCGAUAUCAAAAUCAAUUUCAUUUUCAAUUAGGUCCAAAAAAAAUUAUUUUACCAUUACAAGAACAAAUUCAACAAGAUCAAAUUUCAUUUGAAAAUUAUUUUAUAAAUAAAUUUAAAUCAUUGAAAAAUAAUAAUAAUUUAUUAAUUCAACAAUAUCAUUUAGCUUUAACAAUUCGAAAUGAUGCUGCAAAAUAUUUUCAAAAGUUGAAUAUGAAUAUUACACAACGAUUAUUAAUCGGUCGAAUCAAUAUGAUUAAUAUUGAAUGUAAACAACAAGAAAUAAAAGUUGAUACAGAUGAAGGUCUUGUUGAUUCAUUAACUGUUCAAAUAAUACUUUCAAGUUCAUGUCUUCGUCGAUUAAUUAUUACUUUUUCUACUCUUAUGGAGUUAUUCUAUGGGAAUAAAAUAAUUGAAGAAAAAAAUUUUAUUAAACAAACUGAUAUACAAAAAUUAAUCGAUCUUAUUCAAGAAACUCAAACAAAAUUAUCAAAUAAUUCUAAAGAAUUAACAGAUGAAUUAUUACUUAAUUUACUUCAAAUUCGUAUUUAUUUAUCCAUGUUUCGACUUGGUUCUAAUUAUUCUGUACAAGUUUAUUGA